CAGUCAGAGGCCUGGCGGUGCAAGGGCUAAGGGGCCUGAGGGCUGGGCAGCCCCUCCCAUCCUCCCUGGGCCUCCUGCUGCAGACGGGAUAUCAAAGGCUGCAUUGUGCAUUGAGCCGGGUCCUCGGUCCCUCGUGUGCCAGGGAGGAGGCGGGAGGAGGAACACCGUGGGGAGGCUGCUCCCUCCCAGUGCUCUUCUGGCUCCUGUUGCCAGGCUCCUCGUCCCGGCCCGGGGAGGAUGGUGCACACAUGGGUGGCUGCUUCUGCAUCCCCGGGGAGCCGAGUCUGUCCUGGGACCCAGGUAAAGAAACCCCUUCCAAGGAUCCAGCUGUAUCGAGUGAGUUUAUACCUUCAUCCGAAGACAAGGAAAAAUGUUUCCUGUCACAGAACAUGACUCCAGAUCUGACCCUCUCCUUCAGCGUGAAGAGCCGCUCCAAGAGGUGUGUAAACGGCCCCUUGCAGGAGGCAGCCCGGAGGCGGCUCUGGGCGCUGGAGAAUGAGGACCGGGAGGUGCGUGCGCUGUUUAAGGACCUCUCAGCCAGGUUGGUGGGUAUCCAGUCCCAGAAGGCCCAGUUUCUCAUCACCUUCAAGACCUUGGAGGAAAUCUGGAAGUUUUCCACCUACCUGAACUUAGGCUAUGUAUCUGCAUGUCUGGAGCAUCUUCUCUUCGACCACCGUUACUGGCUCAACUGCAGACUGGUAGAGGAUACAGAGAUCCAAGUGUCAGUAGAUGAUAAACACCUAGAAACAAUGUACCUGGGACUCCUGACACACGAAGGGCUUUUCUCAUUGUCUACAGGCCACUUCUUCUGCAGAGCCACGAGCUCUGUGGCUCAGCCAGCUGAGAAGGAAGGGGAGUGUUUGACACUUUGCAAGAAUGAGUUAAUCUCAGUGAAGAUAGCUGAAGGCGGGUCCGAGUGGGAAGGUGUGUCCUUGGUGACGGGCCAGCGGGGCCUGGUGCCGGUGUCAGCCCUGGAGCCCCUGCCGCUCCCUUUUCACCAAUGGUUCCUAAAGAAUUAUCCAGGAAGCUGCAGCCUUUCCAGGAAGCGGGACAGCGUGGGCUCCUGUCAGAUCGGCAGAGGAAAAUGUAAGGCCUGGAAGGAUUACGAGCGGGAAGAAAAGGAUGAGCUGAAUGUCUGCCAAGGAGAUAGCAUCGAGAUCAUCGGCGUCAUCAUUCCCGGGCUUCAGUGGUUCAUCGGGAAGUCGACGUGCUCAGGGGAAGUGGGCUUUGUCCCCACCAGGAAUAUAGAUCCUGAUUCUUAUUCCCCAAUAAGCAAGAACUCCGCUUUUUUCAGUGAUGAAGAAAGAUGCUCUCUGUGGGUCCUGGAAAGUGACUGGAAAGCUGAGUGUGCCAGCUUCCUCCACGCGCUUGCUCAUACUGACAUAACAUCUGUCUACCGGCUUAGUGGAUUUGAAUCCAUCCAGAAUCUCCCAAACGAUCUGAGUGCGUCCCAGCCCACAAGCUUCAAAGAGACCCGGCCUGGUGGGGCCUGGGAGGAGCACUGGGCCGUGGGCUCCAGACCGUCCAGCAGCUCCGAGGACUCCAGCCUGGAGGACGAGCUCCUCUCAGCCGCCUCAGACAGUUAUCACCUGCCGGAGCCCGAUGACCUUGAUGACCCGGAACUGCUCAUGGACCUGAACACUGGUCCGGAGGAGGAGGAAGCUGAGAACUUCGCCCCUAUAUUGGCUUUUCUGGAUCACGAGGGUUACGCCGACCACUUCAAGAGCCUCUAUGAUUUCUCUUUCUCUUUCCUCACAUCUUCCUUUUACAGCUUCUCUGAAGAGGACGAGCUGGUGGCCUAUCUGGAGGCCUCCAGGAAGUGGGCCAAGCGGAGCCGCAUGACCUGGGCCCAUGCCCGGCUCUGCUUCCUCUUGGGCCGGCUGAGUGUCAGGAAGGUCAAGCUCUCUCAGGCCAGGGUGUACUUCGAGGAGGCCAUCCACAUUCUCAGUGGGGCGUUUGGGGACCUCUCCUUGGUAGCUGCUCUGUACAUCAAUUUGGCUGCUAUCUACUUGAGGCAGAGACUGAGGCAUAAAGGCUCGGCCCUGCUAGAAAAGGCAGGCGCCCUGUUGGCCUGCCUGCCUGACCGUGAGUCCAGUGCCAAGAACGAGCUCGACGUGGUGGCCUACGUGCUGCGCCAGGGCAUUGCGGCGGGCAGCUGCCCCUUGGAGGCCAGGGCCUGCUUCCUGGCCAUCCGGCUGCUCCUAAGCCUCGGCCGGCAUGAGGAGGUCCUGCCCUUUGCCGAACGUCUGCAGCUGCUCUCUGGACACCCUCCUGCCUCGGACGCUGUGGCCACCAUCCUGAGUUUUCUGUAUGAUAAGAAAUACCUUCCACACCUUGCAGUGGCCUCUAUCCGGCAGCGCGGUCUCCAAAGUGCCCAAGGAAUAUCCCUUUCAAUUUGGCAGGUCCACCUGGUCCUCCAGAAUGCCACCAAGCUCCUUGGUGUUCCCUCUUCAGGCCAGAGCGAAGUUUCCGCUCUGGCCUGCCCCGCACUCAGGCAGGCACUGGCUGCCUGUGAGGAGCAGGCAGAUCGGCGCACCCAGAGGGCCCUGUGUCUCAUCCUGUCCAAAGUGUACCUCCAACACAGGUCUCCUGAUGGUGCCAUCUACUACCUGAGCCAAGCCUUGAUGCUAGGGCAGCUGCUGAGUGAGCAAGAAGCCUUUGAGUCUUCCCUCUGCCUGGCCUGGGCCUAUCUCUUAGCCAGCCAGGAGAAGGCGGCCUUGGACAUCCUCGAUCCACUCUUAUACUCCCUGAGGGAGACAGAGCAUGCUACCCAAAAGGGAGUGGUCCAUAACCUUCUGGGACUUGCACUUCAAGGUGAAGGCCGGGUGAACAAGGCAGCCAAGAACUAUCUCCGGGCCUUGAACAGAGCCCGGGAGAUGGGGGAUAUGCGUAACCAGGCGGUGACUUUGGCCAAUCUUGGCUACCUAACCCUCAAGUCCUGGGUUCAGCGGCCUGCCAGGGACUAUCUUCUCCAGGCCAUCCGACUCUAUUGUCAACUCCAGGCCAGUGUGGAGACAGACAUGGAAUUAGUACAGGUGCUUCUCUGGUUGGCCCAGGUCCUGGUGUACGGACGCCAGCUGGCCGGUGGCCGCCUUUGUUAUGAAAUGGCAUUGCUGUUUGGCUUAAGGCAUCGACACCUAAAAAGUCAGCUUCAGGUCACCAAAUCCCUCUGCCAUUUCUACAGCUCUGUGUCCCCAAACCCUGAGGCAUGCAUCACCUACCAUGAGCACUGGCUGACGCUGGCUCAGCAACUCAGGGACCGAGAGAUGGAGGGGCGGCUACUGGAGUCCCUCGGGCAGCUCUAUCGGAACCUAAACACGGCCAGGUCCCUCAGGAGGUCUCUCACCUGCAUCAAAGAGAGCCUGCGCAUCUUCAUCGACCUGGGGGAGAGAGACAAGGCUGCCGAGGCCUGGCUGGGGGCUGGACGACUCCACUACCUCAUGCAGGAAGACGAGCUGGUGGAAUUGUACCUGCAGGCCGCCAUCCAGAAAGCCCUGACGUCAGAGGAGCCCUCUCUGGCUCUCAAGCUCUAUGAAGAAGCGGGUGACGUGUUCUUCAACGGGACCCGCCACAGGCAUCGCGCCGUGGAGUAUUACCGAGCUGGGGCUGUUCCUUUAGCAAGGAGGACGAAGGCGGUGAGGACUGAGCUCCGGAUUUUCAACAAACUGACGGAGCUGCAGAUCAGUCUGGAAGGCUAUGACAAGGCUUUGGAGUUUGCCACCCUCGCAGCCAGACUCAGCACAGUCACAGUCUUCCAACUCCUAGGAGAUCAGAAGCAGGAGCUGGUGGCUUUUCACCGUCUGGCUACGGUGUACUAUUCCUUGAACAUGUACGAGAUGGCUGAAGACUGCUACCUGAAGACACUGUCCCUCUGUCCAGCCUGGCUGCAGAGUCCCAAGGAGGCCCUGUAUUAUGCAAAGGUCUAUUAUCGUCUGGGCCAACUCACCUUCUACCAGCUGAAGGAUGCCCACGAUGCCACUGAGUACUUCUGGCUGGCCCUGGCCGCAGCGGUCCUGCUGGGUGACGAGGAGCUGCAGGACACCAUUAGGAACAGGCUGGACGACGUCUGCCAGAGCUCUCUGUGGCACAGCAGCUCCUCCGGGCGCUCCUCAGAGAGGUCACGGUGGCUGAGUGGUGGGGGCCUGGCCCUCUGAGGAGAGCUGUCCCACCUCUGAUCAGUUUCCAUGGCCACGGCUUCUAGACACUAACUGGAGGGUCCCAGUCAUCACCAGGCCCAGCCCCCUUAUUUUACAAUGGGAAGAACACAGUCCAGAGGAAGUGAGGCUCGGUCUGGGCUGGCCACUCAAAGAGCGGAUGAUGGGGCAGGGAUUAGAAGUCCUAGCUUUGUGUCUAGGGCCUUACCAGCUCACUGCGGCCCUUCCACACAUAUGGCCUCUGAAAUGCACUUUCUUGACAGCAACUGAAACCUUGUCUCCAGAAAACCUAGCUCCUCCCUCAGUGGGGGAGCCAGCAACUGCACUGGAGACAAGGCAGGCAGGCCGGACUCUGGCCCUUUGCCGGCUUCGCUCAGGGAAAGACCCCUUCCCUUGCUGGUGGAGACACCGGGAGCUUCUUCCCUCUCACUUUAGCCAGGACCAAAGGAGCUGUCACUCCUCCUGCUCUCAGAGACCGGCAGGCAGGAAUUCACUAUGCUCUGAGCCCAAAGGACGCAGCCUCAGCAUGGCCAGCUGGAAGUCUGACCUGGAUUCACUGUCUCCAUCCUGCCCUGAGGCCCUGCUCCCUUGUGACCCCCUAGAAAGCCAGGGAAAGCUUCCCGAGGGCCAGGGCAUGGAAACUGAGCCCUAAGAAAAUGAUGACGUAGAUUACAUGUAAAUAGUGUAUGUUAUUAAAUAUCACCCAUUUACGUUUA